AUGGCGGAGGAGGAACAGUUCAGGCCGGCGCUGAUCGUCGUUGACUUCCAAGAGGAUUUUUGCCCACCACACGGUUCACUCGCCGUCGCUGACGGCCGCGAUAUUCACCCUGUUGUCAACUCGCUUUUGCGCCUGCCGUUUGUGACAAAGAUAGCCACCAAGGACUGGCAUCCCCAGGAUCACAUCUCGUUCGCCUCGAACCAUGAGGGAAAGCAGCCGUUUGUUGACUCAAUCACUAUCGUCAACCCGCGAAACAACGCCGAGACGUAUCACACGCGGCUGUGGCCGGUGCAUUGCGUGCAGGGAACGCCCGGAGCGGCCCUAGUGCCGGAGCUGGAUGUCUCGGCCGUUGAUACUGUCAUCGAAAAGGGACAGGUGAAGGGGGUGGAGAUGUACAGCGUAUUUUACGACCCAUUCCAGUCACCGAGGGUGGCAGACAGCGGUCUUGCAGGGGCGCUCAAAGAGAAGGGCAUCACAGACGUAUUCGUCGUCGGGUUGGCUGGCGACUACUGCGUCAAAUUCACCGCGCUGGAUGCGAACAAGGAGGGGUUCCGGACCUUCAUUGUCGAGGAAGGAACCAGGCCUGUGGACGCUGAGAAAUGGGACGACUGCAAGGUGCAGUUAGAGGCCAGCGGGGUGAAGAUUGUGAGCGUGGAGGGUCCGGAGGUCCGAAAGGUUGGAACGGCAAGACGGGGAUGA